AGAAAUAAACCCCUCGGUUUCCCUCCCAAUUCUCGAGCUCUCCAUCGAGAUCUAACCUCCAAAAACCCUAACCCGAGCCCUAAUUCGAGCUCGCUAAUGCAAUAAUCAUGAGGUCUUUCAUUCUCCUCAUCUCGAUCCUCUCUCUGAUCGCGAUCCCCACCGAUUCCGCGGUCUCAAGCAUCGAUCUCGGAUCGGAAUGGCUAAAGGUCGCCGUCGUCAACCUCAAGCCCGGACAAUCCCCGAUCGCGGUUGCAAUCAACGAGAUGUCGAAGCGCAAGUCCCCCGCCCUAGUCGCCUUCAACUCCGGCGACCGCUUAGUCGCCGAGGAGGCCGCCGGACUCACCGCCCGGUACCCUAACAAGGUCUAUUCCUCUCUCCGUGACAUGAUCGGAAAACCCUACGCCUACGUACGCGAAAAGAUCGAAUCUUUGUACCUCCCUUUCGAUCUGGUCGAGGAUUCGAGAGGCGCGGCCGGGAUCAAGAUCGAUGACGGCGUCACAAUCUACUCGGUUGAGGAGCUGGUUGCAAUGAUUUUGAGCUACGGAUCGAACCUAGCGGAGAUGCACGCCAGGGUUCCGGUUAAGGAUUGUGUUAUUUCGGUCCCGCCCUUUUUUGGGCAAGGGGAGAGGAAGGGGUUGAUGCAGGCGGCGCAGCUGGCGGGGAUUAAUGUUCUGGCAUUGAUUAAUGAGCAUUCGGGUGCCGCAUUGCAGUAUGGGAUUGAUAAAGAUUUCUCGAACCAGUCGAGGCAUGUGAUUUUUUAUGAUAUGGGAUCGAGCAGUACUUAUGCGGCUUUGGUGUAUUUCUCAGCUUAUAAUGCUAAGGAGUUUGGGAAGACGGUUUCAGUGAAUCAGUUUCAGGUUAAAGAUGUUAGAUGGAAUACUGAACUUGGAGGUCAGAAGAUGGAAUCCACUUUGGUGGAAUAUUUUGCUGAUGAAUUUAAUAAAAAAUUGGGAAAUGGUGUUGAUGUAAGGAAGUCUCCGAAGGCGAUGGCUAAAUUGAAGAAACAAGUUAAACGAACCAAAGAAAUCUUAAGCGCAAACACAGCAGCACCAAUUUCAGUUGAAUCGCUGUAUGACGAUAUUGAUUUCAGGAGCUCAAUAACUCGUGAGAAAUUUGAAGAACUUUGUGGGGAUUUGUGGGAACAAGCCCUUGUUCCUCUUAAGGAAUUACUCAAGCACUCUGGCUUGGGGGUUGAUGAUCUUUAUGCAGUUGAGCUGAUUGGUGGAGCAACUCGUGUGCCAAAAUUACAGGCUAAGCUUCAGGAAUUUCUCGGAAGAAAAGAUUUAGGCAAGCAUCUUGAUGCUGACGAAGCAAUUGUUCUUGGUUCUUCAUUGCAUGCUGCUAAUUUAAGUGACGGAAUUAAGUUAAACCGUAAGCUGGGAAUGAUUGAUGGUUCUUCUUAUGGCUUUGUGCUUGAACUAAAUGGCACAGAUCUUGUGAAAGAUGAGAGUACAGAAACUUUACUUGUACCGCGGAUGAAGAAAAUGCCCAUUAAGUUGUUUAGGUCUAUCAAGCAUACCAAGGAUUUUGAAGUUACACUCAGUUAUGACAGUGCAAAUGAAUUGCCACCAGGAUUUCCUUCUAAUAACUUUGCACAGUUUUCAGUAUCUGGUCUGACAGAAGCCAAUGAGAAGUAUGCAACUCGUAAUCUCUCCGCCCCCAUCAAAGCAAAUUUGCAUUUUUCUCUUAGUAGAAGCGGAAUCAUUUCUUUUGAUCGAGCUGAAGCAGUGAUUGAGAUAACUGAAUGGAUUGAAGUUCCCAAGAAAAACAAGACUUUAGAGAGUAACAUUACUAACAUUCUUAAUGUCUCUAGUGAAGCAAACCCUGAAAACAACUCACAGAACAAACAAGAAAGCUUAAAUGUUGAGAGUGAGACAGAUAAUUCCACCAAUUCAAAUCACGAGGGGCAAGAUAGUGUUGAUGUCGCUACAGAAAAGAUAUUGAAGAAGAGAACCUUUAGGGUUCCACUGAAGAUAGCAGACAAAACAUCAGGCCCUGGUACUAUUCUUUCGAAAGAUUCCUUUUCCGAAGCUAAAACUAGACUGGAAGCACUUGACAAGAAAGAUGCUGAAAGAAGGAGAACUGCAGAGCUAAAAAAUAAUCUAGAAGCAUACAUUUAUUCUACAAGAGAAAAGCUUGAAGAUGAUGAAGAAAUUGUGAAAGUCUCAACAGAAAAAGAGCGCCAAUCCUUUGCAGAUAAACUUUCUGAGGUGCAAGAAUGGUUGUAUACUGAUGGCGAAGAUGCUGCAGCAAGUGAAUUCAAAGAACGCCUGGAUUCUCUGAAAGCAAUCGGCGACCCAAUAUUUUUCAGAUUGAAAGAGUUAACUGUUCGUCCGGUUGCCAGCGAACAAGCUCGAUUGUACAUUGGUGAGCUUCAAAAGAUUGUAAGUAAUUGGGAGGCGAACAAACCUUGGCUUCCCGAGGAUAGAAUAGAUGAGGUUCUUAGUGAGGCUGAGAAGGUCAAAGGUUGGCUAGAAGAAAAGGAGACCCUACAGAAAGGGAAAUCCGACUCAGAGACGCCGGCCUUCACAUCGACAGAAGUGUAUGAAAAGCUCUACAAACUUCAAGAUAAGGUUUCAAGUGUCAACAGAAUCCCAAAACCAAAACCAAAGGUUGAGAAACCACCAAAGGAAGAACCUCAGAAGAAGGAAAACACCACCAAUGCCACCCCUGAUAGUGACGAUAACUCGAAGACCUCUUCCAAUGAGUCCACUACUCAAACAGAUCAGCCUACAGAUGAAAAUUUGACCAAAAAUGAUCGAGAAACCGAGCCUCACGAUGAACUAUGAUUUAGUUCUAGCAGAAGCCAAGAAUAUUCAGAUGGCAUAGGCAAAUAUCAUCACAUCUCUUGUUAACCCCAGUAGUCUAGAAGGAUUAAAGCUUUUGCAGGCAACAAUUUUGUCACGAUGAUUGAGUUGGUCUAAAAUGCAUCAUUUAGUUCUUAAAAUAUCGAAGAAUGCAGAGUAGAGGGCGAGGUUACUAUAGUUUCGUUUUGUUUUUACGUGGAUUAAUUAUGAACCCCUAUUUAUUCAGGGGUUAUUGUGUACACUUAUAAUCAUUUCAAAGUAUAUAAAGUGAACAUCAGCUGUUGCGUUAAUGGUCA